CCUGUUGGUUGACAGUCUGUCUGGCCCUCUCCUUGUCAGGCAGCUCUCGAGCCGCCGAUUCUCCGGGGCAUGAGUACUCACACCCGUCCGCAGUCACAUGACACACAAGAAGACGAGCUGACGGUCCCCACACGUGGACUAAAAUGCCUCAGAUGCAAUUAACCACAGAGAGAAAUCUGUAUGUGCGCAUCUGCCACUCAGUGAUGCGUUCCGUCAGGCAGGCACUGAGUCGGGUGGCCUCCUCCCUUCCAAAGGCUUCUCUUCGGUGCGUACGCGUGUUGAUCAAUCGUCGCAUCACGAGUGUGUGUCUGUCAUGGCGCAUGGCAUCGAUCGUCGUGCUCCGUACACACACACACACACACACACACACAUGCACAGCCACAUGAAUGCAGGUAGCGGCCAUGUCAGCUGGACACACUAGGGAACGAGCGCAUAGGCAAGCAAGGGACAGGAGAUGCACAGUGGAGAGCAGUCAGUCAGUCACGCUCAGCAACACAUGCGUAGAACACAUAUGAGAUGAAGAAAACAACAAACAUGACCGUUUGUGUGUAUGUCCACGGCCAAGAAACCGACGAGAGGAGAAAAAUCAUAUCAUCAAUCAAUAUGAAUGGGCUGAGCAGCGAAUCGAUCAAGAAAGAAUGGCCGGAGGUGACUGCAUGCCGAAACACCCUCCCUUCCGUAUACACAGACAAACACCAACACGCACACACACACACAUACACACAUGUACACACACACAGACUGAUACAAUACAUACAUACAUGCAUACAUACGUAGAUACAUGUACAGGAUACAUAUGGAAUCGAUAGCAAUAGAGGGAGCAUUGACCAUGCAGCCGCCAGCCCACCGCCCCAGUCAGUCAGACAGUGACACGCUGCCGCUAUUCAAGCGGCGUCAAAAAUCAGACACACAGACAGGCAGAUAGACAGCAAUACCCCAACCGACCCACAAAGGCCCCCACCACGUUGCCCGUCUCCUCUACGCACCGACCGAUCGACCAAUGCCGUCGCAACUCGCAACACCCCCCAGCUCACGCCAGCCUACUGGUGUCACUCGCUACUCGUUGCGUCCAUAUCAUCUCACCCACUCCAAAACUCACUCACCGACUGACUGACUUCAUUUUCAGGGAUGGGCGAAACGCAAGGAGACACCAUACGCAUCACAUCGAUCACACUGUCCAGAAGGCAACCACAUCUCUCCUCUCUCGUUGUGUAGGCUGGUCUGAAGACGAUGGGGACGUUGCUGCUGCUGCUGGUGUUAAUGGAGGGGCGGGAAGGGCGAAAGGUGAUGUCAGCCAUCUUAACGCCCACACGGCUGACGCAACGGCCUGGUCGAUGCAUCAAAAGCCGCUCGUGUGUGUGUGUGCGCCUCGGUGAUGGGUGGUUUCCUCCUUACGAAUAUGCGAAUGAGUCGUAGUCUCGAUCUCAGUCGGGCGAAGCCGCCCCGCAUUCGACGACGAAAAUUCAAGAUUGCACGCGGAUACUGACAUUGAGACACACACACACAGACACAGGACAACGUCUACGGACCGCAUUGAUGUCCGCCAGUCUGUUCACGGCACCUGUAUGUUUCUUAGCUUGGCCAUGGAAGCCUCCCAGCUCCACUGCUCGGCCUCCCUCCUGGCGGCCUCGCCCAUACGCCGCCGCAGCGCAUCGUCAGACAGCAGCUCACGCACCCUGUCGACGUACUGCUGGACGUCAUCGCUUUGGACGAGGAAUCCCGUCUCGCCGUGCCGGAUGAGGUUGGGGAUGCCGCCUGCACGGGCGCCGAUCACCGGCACACCGCUGGCCAUCGACUCUAGGACCACAAAACCUGAAAGAAGGAAGCAUACACAGGUGGCAGGGGCGUGAGUGCAGACGCUUGUGUGGUGUGUAUGUGUGUCUUACCGAGUGUUUCGGAUUCGGAUGGCAUGACAAAUAUGUCCCCGGAGGCGAACGCCUCACUCAACGCCUCCCCUACACACAUACAACAGCUUCCAUGCCUUCAUACCGUCUGUAUGUCGGUCUUCCUCUUUCUGUCGCGAACCGGUCAUGAAUCCCGUGAAGACAGUCUUGGUGCCGUUGAAGUACUCCCUGAGCUCAUCCUCACACGGCCCCGCACCCACAAACGCCAGCCUGGCCUCCGGCACCCUCUCAAGCACAUCCCGCAGCAGGUGCAGGUUCUUCUCGGCACCCAGGCGGCCGAUGUACACCAGCAGGGGGUCGUCUGGGUGGCCGUCUGAGAGCCGACUGCGCAUGGCCGCUGACCUCUUGGUCGGAUUGAAGGUCUGACAAGAACACACACAAUGAGGGAGGGAGGGAGGGCCGAGUUUGUGUGUUGAGGAGAGAGGUGGGAGGUCACCUCAGUGUCGAUUCCUUUUUGCCAGACGUCGACCUUCUGUAUGCCGUGGCUCUCGAGCUCACUCUUGAUCUGCGGACUGGUCACCAGAGUGAGGUCAGCCAGGUUGUGGAACAGACGCAGUGCCAGCCAUGACAGCCACACAAUGCCUACACACACACACGGGCACACACAGGGGUAGUGUACACAGACGUGUGGAUGCACUCAUUGACUGACCUGGGAGCCAUCCGAGGUACUUGGCUGCGUAUACGGGUAGGUGUGUGUGAUAGCUCAUGACCAAAGGGAUCUUCAGAAGACGCGCAUACAGACACGCCGUCAUCGCCAAGAAACCGGGAGUGCUCACCUGCACACACACAACACCCACACAGUCACAUCCGUAUGUGUGUGUGUCUGUGUGCCAUGAUGUGCUCAUUACGUGCAGCAGGUCGGGUUUGAGUCGUUUGAGGACCCGCAGUCCCUUGAAGUCGGGGAAGUCUGUCGACAGCGCCAGGCUCUUGUAGAACGGCAGCCGGAAACUCCACGUGUUGUGAAUCCGAAAGCCAUAGGCCUGAGCCAUCAAUGGGCCAUUCAGCCACACACAGCCACACAUACACAUGCCCAUUCGCCCCUCUGUGUGCGUGUGUGCACACUCACACCCUCCCGCACCUCUUUUGGCGGGUUAGUGCUGUCGUCUGGCGUGACGAUCUCGACGGUGUCCUUUUGCCGCCUGCAGUGCUUGAGCAGCUCCUUGAACCGAUUCGCAUACCCACUGAUGUACGUGAACGGCGUCGGCUCCACCAGCAACGCUAUCUGAUCGACACACACCAAGACACAACACACGCAUCCAUCCGUCCAUCCAGCCCACAUGUCAGUCACGUGUCCACCGAUGCGAUGCCAUACGUACCUUCUUGGGCGGCGCGAUGGUGAUGGUGUCCGGGGAGAGGACAUCUCUCGGUGUCGGGCUGCUGACGGGCAGCACGCUGCUGUCCAGCAACGCAUCGGUGCUGUCCAAGAUCUCUUCCGCAGAGGGAGCUGACGCACCGGUGCCCAAUGUCGUCGUUGAGGAGACUUCAGGAAACUGACACACGCAAGAUCACCACACACACGCACGCACGCAUUGAGACGAUCUGUCAAGCGCAUGGCUGGGCAUGUGGCUGCGUACCAGGCCAUCGGGAGCAGCCCUCCGCGCACUCUGUUGCCGCAUCCAUCUGCUCGCCAGGCGGGGAGCCGGCCGGAUGAAAGAUGUGUGCCGCCUCGGUGCACAAAACACAACGGGGAGGCAUAUGAAGGCGAGCAGACGCCAUCUCAGCACCAUCCUUUGCC